AUGGGGGCACUCCUCAAGGUCAAGUCCAAGAUACAAGCAGAAAUCGAUGGCGGCGAAGACGAGCUGCUCCGCGAGCAGCUAGAAGACGAGCGAUUCGAAAGGCAGUGGCUGGAGGAGUUCGAGGUGCUCAAGAAGAUGUAUGAAACGAAGUGGGAGACGUGCACGUACACGGCGGACGAGUUCUGUGGGCUGUUGUACCGCUCCAGUGAUGCUCGUCAAAAGGAAUCUCUGUUGCAGCAGUAUCCAACGCUCAUGGAGGCAUGGAAGGAUGCUGGGGCCUCUUCCAAUUCAUCGAGAGUGAUUCCAGAAUGGCCUGCGGCAAGACUCCUCUACGAUAACUCCAGAGCUAUGGAGUGUCUGCGAGCACAGUUCAUGUGGCGGUCAGAUGAUCUACGCGCGUUGAGUCGCCGUCUUGACGCAGAUGGGAUCUCCUCCUGCUCAGCGCUCCUCGAGGUGUUGGAUCGCCGCAGCGCCUACUUCGAGCGCAAUUUCCAGUCGAAGGAGUAUCCACGGCUAUCUAAAGCGAUUCUACGCGCUCUGCGUGAGAACGUCGAGAAUGAAAUCGUCUCUUCGUCGAGUUUCCUGUCCUCGGAUCUAUCUCAGCGCGGUGUGUCUUCGGCUUGA